UUGAUGGAGAACUACACCUACAACAGCUACACCCUCCAGCUGGAGGGGUUAAUUGUUUCAGAAGAGUCUACAUACCCUGUCUUCUUCUUUUUCCUUUUCUCCUACCUGUUCAUAAUGAUAGCAAAUGUUGGUAUUGUAGUUCUGGUUUUCAUUGACAAAAACCUCCACCAGCCCAUGUAUCUGCUGUUUUGCAACCUGACUUUUAACGAUGUGCUUGGAAACUCUAUCCUGGUUCCUCGGUUGAUGAUGGACUUGUUGCGUCCCCCCUCUGAGCGCCUCAUCAGUUAUUAUGAAUGUGUGGUCCAAGCUUUUAUCUCACAUGUAUUUGGGACCACCUCCCACACGGUGCUCAUGAUUAUGGCCUUUGACAGGUACGUGGCCAUCUGUGAUCCCCUGCGCUAUGCCGCCAUAAUGACCAACCAAAUGGUGAUGAAGCUGACAGUUUCUGCCUGGGGGGUGGCCUUAGUGAUGGUUGGGAUUCUGCUCGGUCUGACCAUCCGGCUGAACCGAUGCAGGACUCUGAUCACAAACCCGUUCUGUGACAAUGCGUCUCUGUUCAAACUCUCCUGUGAGGAUGUGUCUAUUAAUAACAUCUAUGGCCUCGUUUUCACUGUAGUUCUGUUCUCAGGCUCUAUAGGCAGCACGGUUCUCACCUACACUAAGAUCGCAGUGGUCUGUGGGACCAGUAAGAAUAAGACUCUGAACAGUAAAGCCUUGAAGACCUGCAGCACUCAUCUGACUGUGUACCUGCUCAUGUUGGUCAGUGGAUUGGCUAAUAUUGUCCUGCAUCGCUUCCCUCAGUACACACCCUACAGGAAGCUCAGCGUCAUUUUGUUCCACAUCAUCCCCGGCAGCCUCAACCCCAUCAUCUACGGUCUGCAGUCCAAAGAGAUACGGAGAUUCCUGUCCAGUUUGAAAAUCAAGAAAGUAUUGCACGUCAUUGUAAAGAGAAUUUAAGACUGUUUUUUGUGUGUAUAUUCAUCCGUGCAUCAUAUAAUAUGGACUCGACGUGCUCCACAGAGACAGAGUGCAUGUUCACCUUUUAAAAUACAGCUCAGUAAUACGAGCUGA